CCCUACUUGAGGCGUACAAGAUAAGGAUUAAACAUGGCGGCACCAGCACAGUUUUGUAUUUUCAUUCUGCUCGUAAAACUUGUUGCAGUGUGCGCUGAAUGUCCGGACGGGUUUACAAGGCAUGGUACAUCCUGUUACACCGUACCUCACGUGAAGGCAGACUGGAGCCAGGCCACAGUAGUCUGUAAAGAACUCGGUGCGCACCUGGUAGAGUUUGAGGACGCGACCGAGGAGAGAUUCGUUCACGGUUUCCUUUCUUUGCACUGGCGAGCUUACAGCCCGCCCGAGUUCUGGAUUGCCGGUAAUGAUAUUUUAGAGGAGGGCCAUUGGCAGUGGGCUUCCGGAAAACCAGUGACUUUUGCGAACUGGGACGACGAUCAGCCUGACAAUGGAGGAGACCAUGAUAACAACGAGCAUUGCAUGGAAGUAAAACAAAAAGAUCAAUGGAAAUGGAACGACCAGGAAUGCCAGGAAUAUCGUUUCUUCAUAUGUGAGAUGCCGAUUACUGACAACAUUGGAGGAUCACAGCCAGGAAUAAUAGGCUAAUCGACGACGCGUCAUCUACUUGUCUCCGCACACAUUGUUGUCAAUAAACAUAUACUUAAAUUGUAUUUUAAUGAUCUAGUCUCCUGAGGUUUAAAAAAAUAUUAUUUCCUGCAAGCUAUGCAAUACUCAAAUUUCACUUUUUGGUUCAAUAUAGAUUUAUUACAAAAACUAUUCUUGUAUCACCUUUUUGAAAUGGCAAGUUUAAAUUUGCUGUGAAAGAUUCAGAUGUUCA